UUUAGGGCUACUGUGCUUUGUAUUUCGUAUCCAGCUAUCUCUUACUUUUUCGUGACGAGUGGAUCAAAUCGCAUCUGCUGCCAUACAAUAACAAUUGGUCGUCAUCCUCCUGGCCCCCUACUUUCCCUCGACCCUCUGUUUACCGUAUCUACCCACGUUUGGUCUCCACUUUGAAAAUUUGUGAUGGCAUCUUGUCAUACCUUGAGUCACACCGCUUCAAGUAUAAUACCGACAGAAGCCUUCGGCUUGUGCUGAGGCGCGCGUAUCUACCUUGUCGAACAGCAGAGCACCAUGGCUAGCCAUGAAUUGGAGCUGACAAACAGUGGCUUUCUCGUGAAUCCGACGAAGACGCGGCCGGUCGCAACUCGUGCUUCAUCCUCUUCAAAUAACUCACAUUCUGCAACCUCGCGGGAGAAAGACCUGGAGAAGUUGGACCAACAAGAUCGCACUGCUUUUCCGGAUGACCUUGGCACGCCAAGUGAAAAGAAUGACAUCGAAUAUCAUUAUCUGGAAUUUGAUACUCCGUUGCCGGAUCCCGAUGACAGCGAUAAACUUAUGCGCGGAUUAUCCGCGCCUCCAGAGCCUCCGGACCUGAAAAGAUUUGUGUCGCCGUACACCUGGCCGACUGCCCGGAAGCGCUUUAUCAUCAUAGUAUCGGUGAUAGCCACUGGUGCAGCCGCGUUCUCUGCUGGAUCAUAUGCUCCCGGUGUGGCUCAGAUGUCACAAGAGUGGGGAAUCAGUGAAGUCGCGGCUCUAGUUGGAAUCACAAUAUUUACGUGUGGGUUUGGAGUUGCACCCAUGGUUCUCGCACCCUUCUCCGAGAUUAAUGGACGCAAGCCCGUUUUCCUGGCUACAGGAGUACUCUUCAUCGUAUGCCAAGCAUGCUGUGCGGCUACUCAGUCGUAUGGCGGCAUGUUGGCAGCAAGAUUCCUCGUUGGAGUUGGAGGGAGCACGUUCAGUACUAUGGUCGGAGGCAUCGUUAGUGAUAUAUACUCUGCCAAGGACAGAAAUACACCUAUGGCGCUGUUCUCCGGUGCCGCUCUUUUAGGGACUGGACUUGGACCGCUGACGUGUGGAUAUAUAGCUGAGUAUACCACAUGGCGCUGGAUCUUUGGCAUGCAGGCCAUUCUCGAUGCUAUCAUUGUUGGCGUCGUUGCGGUGACGUUUCGAGAGACUCGUGGGAGUGUCCUCCUAUCUCGAAGAGCUGCCCGACUCAACAAAUACUAUGAAGCACGCGAGGCCGCUGGCUAUGACACCAUGGCCAUGGUUCUGGCGCCGGAGAAGCCAGAGGUCAAGACGCCGCGAAGAAUUCGCUGGAAAGUCCGUGCUGAUGAAGAGCGUGUGUCGCUCCUGCAGAUGAUCAAGAUCUCACUCGUUCGCCCCUUUCACCUCCUUUUCACCGAGCCGGUAAUAUUCUGGUUCUCUCUCUGGGUAUCCUUCUCAUGGGCUAUUCUAUACUUAACACUCGCGGCGGUCCCGCUAGUCACUGAAACAACAUACAACUUUUCACUUAGCCAGGCGAACAGCGUGUUUGCCGCCAUGGUUAUCGGCAGUAUCAUAGCCGCCGUCGGAUCGAUAUACCAGGAGCAAUGUUCGAAGCAAAACGGAAUAGCAAGAUUCCUCACAAGUCAAUCGAAGAGCCCCGAGCGGCGGCUGUUUUUCUGCUGCGCUGAGAGCCUCUUCAUGGUCGUUGGCCUGUUCAUGUUCGGAUGGACUGCCAUGCCGAACAUACACUGGAUCGCGCCCAGUAUCGCCAUUGCGUUUGCCACAAUUGGUAUAUUCUCCAUAUAUCUUGCCGUCUUCAACUAUCUAGCAGACGCAUAUGUGCAGUAUGCAUCGAGCGCGUUGGCGGCGCAGAGUUUUUGCCGGAAUCUGCUUGGCGCACUGCAGAAGCCAAUGAACAAGCAUCGACAGUGAUGCUACAAUACUAUCCGCAAGGAUUCCAGAUGAAACUUGUUAGUCUGUGG